GUGGGUCGGAGUGCGUUUGGCAGAGUUGAUCCAACCAACGGGGGUCUCCUUUUUCACGCAGAGUGAACCACUGUACGUGCCCGUCAAGUUUCAGGACGUCCCCGCCGAUCCGGCCAACUGUUUGAUGGACACCGAUUGCGAACCCGCGGCUUGUAAAAAGCAGCGGGUGCGUUUUAGCAACAUCAUGGAGGUGCGCCAGCUGCCCUCCACGCAAGCCCUGGAGGCCAAACUGUCCCGCAUGUCCUACCCGGCCGCCAAGGACCACGAGGCCAUGAUGCGCACGGUGGGCAAGCUGACCAUCGCCGACGUGGCCAAGAUCAGCUUCUUUUUCUGCUUUGUGUGGUUCCUGGCCAACCUGUCCUAUCAGGAAGCGCUCUCCGACAGACAAGUGGCCAUUGUCAACAUUUUGUCGUCCACGUCAGGCAUGUUCACGCUCAUCCUGGCCGCCAUCUUUCCCAGUAACAGCAGCGACCGCUUCACUUUGUCCAAGUUGUUUGCAGUGGCGCUCAGGUGAGACAUGUGGCAAACUUGCCGCGCGUGAUGAACGAGCGUUU